AUGGCUUUGAUGUCAUUGUUCUUCAGGCAGUCACACUGUCAUGACCUCCUGGUGGCACAGGCAAAAAGGCUUACUGUCUUUGAACGUGGCAGGAUUGUUGAGCUGCACGUGCAACGCCUCGCACAACGCACCAUCGCUGCCGAGAUUGGACACAAUAAGACAGCCAUUUCACAUUUCUCAAAAGAUCCUGAGAGUUAUGAGACAAAAAAUGUUUCCAGCUUUCAUAUUACACAGAAGGGCUGUGCUGCUCUGAUUUCAGCUCUGAGAUCAAACCCCUCACACCUGAGAGAACUGGAUCUGAGCGGUAAUAAACCAGGAGACUCAGGAGUGAAGCUGCUCUCUGCUCUACUGGAGGAUCCACACUGUAAACUGGAGAAACUACAGCUGCAUUACUGCAGUAUUGGAGAGGAAGGCUGUGCUGCUCUGAUUUCAGCUCUGAGAUCAAACCCCUCACACCUGAGAGAACUGGAUCUGAGCUACAAUAAACCAGGAGACUCAGGAGUGAAUCUGAUCUCUGCUCUACUGGAGGAUCCACACUGUAAACUAGAGAAACUAUGGUGAGUGUUAUUAUAUUACUCAACACAAUAACUGUGUAAAAAUAUUGGCAAACAAAGU